AUGAAAGCUUGGGAGAAGCAAGUACAUGGCGCUAUUAUCUUGCUUGUUUUCUUGAUAUUCCAAUUGGCGGGGCGAUAUCUGAAACAACAUGAGGGAGAUUUAGAUUCCAAUGGGUUACUUCCGCGCAGAGUCCCUCGCGUACAGCGUUACCAUAACUCAGACGCUAGCUUAUGUGCACCAUUUCUAGACAAAAUAAACGAAUACUGGAUCACGAAAGGAGAACCUCAGAUAAGAAACUAUGAAGAUAUAAGACUUACUUCCCGAGGUCGUGUUGGACAGUAUGGGGUAGUGAUGUCAAAUGGGGUGGGUGACAAUACAGUUGACGACUUUGAAAUCGAGGUUACAUUCAAAAUAUAUAACGAUCGAUCGAAACCCAAAAAUACUCAGCAACUGAUAGGUGAUGGUAUGGCCAUAGUAAUUUCGCCCGAAAAGGACUUUAUGUCUCAUAAUAUGUUGUCAUCUUACGCUAGAAAACAGUAUGAACACAACUCUGGUGGGAUACUGGGAAAUGACAGGACCAUGAUGGGAUUCCCCAAAAAUCUUCCAGGUUUGGCAAUCGUUGUUGACACCUAUAGGAACUCCAAAAAAACUAAACUCCAGCCGCCGUUUCUCUCUCUUAUGCUCAAUAUAGAUCCAGAGCAACAUCAUUAUUCACCUGAGACCGAUGGAGAAGAAAGCACGGGCUACAGCUUGAAACCCUUAACUAAGCUGAAAAAAUCACUUGUAACAGGAGCUGUUACGAAACUACGGAUUAUUUACCUCGAAAGCAUAGGUUUCCUAAAAAUUGACAUGGACUACUCUAGCAACGGUAAUUGGAUCGAGAUAUAUCAAAAAGAUUCGGGCUUAUUCUUGCCAAAAAAUAUGAAGACAGGACAGCGCUUCAUCGGCGUUGGGGCUUCCACUGGAGAGUUGACCGAAACUGUUGAGAUAAAGAGAGUAGACACGUACGAAUUUCAUUGGGAAGGGCAUGACGAAGAUAAUUAUGACUACGUCGAAGAGAUGAAGUUUUUCUUAGCACAUGAAUAUGGGGAGUAUGUGAAUUUGGGCCACGAUGAUUUUGCGAAUUGGAAAAUGGCUAGGGCAGAGGGCUUGGAAUUCGAUUCUCUUGCGUCACAACAAGACCAGAAAUCUGGGUAUUUUUUCUUUCUUUUCAAAUGGUGCAUCAUCUUAUUUUCAAUUUACAUGCUAUCAGUCUAUGUCAGAGUGAGUCUUAGACGAUUAAAGAUGGUAAAACAAAAGCAUAAGCAUGGCUUACUUGGCUGA